CUGCAAUUGCCAUGGAGCGUCUAAAUUUUACGCCUAUCAACGGAAGACUAAUUCGGAUUAUGUAUUCUCAUAGGGAUCCUUAUCUUAGAAAAAUUGGACAUGCUAACGUUUUUAUCAAAAACUUAGACUCCUCCAUUGAUAACAAAGCAUUGUAUGACCUUUUUGCUACUUUUGGCACUAUACUUUCUUGCAAAGUUGCCCUUAAUGAAAAUGGUAGCUCAAAAGGGUAUGGUUUUGUGCAAUUUGAUCAAGAAAAUGAUGCAAAAAAUGCCAUUAAUAGUUUGAAUGGCAUGGUGUUAAAGGACAAGGAAAUUUUUGUUGGACGUUUCAUUCGACGUGAAGAAAGAUAUGGAGUUAAUGGAUCGUCUAAAUUUACUAAUGUGUAUGUGAAAAAUCUACCUGAAUUGUUUACUGAUGAAGAUAUCAAACGUAUAUUUGGUUCUUAUGGUUCUAUUACUAGUGCUGUUGUGAUGAAGGAUACAAAUGAGAAGUCGAAAUGCUUUGGUUUCGUUAACUUUGAAAGUGAUAAAAAUGCAGCGAAAGCUAUUGAAAAAUUAAAUGGAACUAUUCAUGAUGACAAGGUUUUGUACGUAGGGAGGGCUCAAAAGAAAGCGGAAAGAGAAGCAGAGUUGAAGGCUAAGUUCGAACAAAAAAGGCUUAGUCAUUAUGAAAAGUUACAAGCGGCUAAUCUAUAUUUGAAAAAUCUUGACGAUAGCAUAAAUGAAGAAAAUUUGGAAGAAUUGUUUUCUGAGUUUGGAACUAUAACAUCUUGCAAGGUCAUGGUUAAUCCUCAAGGAGUUAGCAAGGGUUAUGGUUUUGUAGCUUUUUCAACUCCAGAAGAAGCAAAUCGAGCAUUAAGUGAAAUGAAUGGUAAAAUGAUUGCAAACAAGCCUAUAUAUGUUGCUAUUGCCCAACGCAAAGAAGAACGGAAAGUAAAAUUGCAGGCUCACUUUUCUCAAGCUCGACUACAGGGAGGGGUGACACAAUUACCUAUUGGGAUGCAUGGUUUAUAUCCUGGAGAACAUACGGCUGCUCCUCAACGGCUAUUUUUUGGCCAAGGUGCUCCAGGUAUGCUUCCCCCUCAUUAUGCAAGGUAUGGAGACCAACAACAUUCGAUUAUAUCAAGGAUUCGUCCAGGAGUUACCCCAAACUUUAUGAUGCCUUUUUCCUUUCAAAGGCAAGGACAACUUGGGUUGCAUUUACGUGAUAGGAGAAGCAGUAAUGGUCAGCUCCAGCAGCAGCACAGUGGUGCGCAGAAUUCGCAAUUUAUGUCUAACGCAAGAAAUUGUUAUGAUCCAUCUGUGCUUCAUCAAGAGCAGGUGAGACUAAUGAUGCCAAUGCCCUCGACUGCUGUUGAUGUUGCAAGAUCUGGUCCACAGUCUGUGUCUGCACUUGCUUCCGCCCAGCCUGUUGCAUCUCCUAACAGCCAAUGCAUGAUGCUCGGAGAACAACUAUAUCCACUGGUGGAGCAAAUUGCGCCUGAAAAUGCAAGAAAAAUCACUGGCAUGCUGCUUGAGAUGGAUCAAACAGAAGUACUACAUCUGAUUGAGUUUCCAGAUUCUCUCAAAAUGAAAGUUGACGAGGCCCUGAAAGUUCUUCGUUCAGCUACCUUAAAUCCUGAAGUUUGUGAUCAGAGUAGCUCGCUCUCGCAUACGGAACAGUAAAGCUUAUUCAUGAUGCAGUGUCAAAU